AUGUCCGAACGGGACCCGAAUAAUGAUGACUCGUCAAUGGGCAGCGAGAAGUAUCACGCCGAUGACUCUGCAGGACAUGAGACCUCCGACGAAGCCGUUCGUCAGAACGACUGUCCAAGCCCAGAGGACUCACCGGAUCAACCACACAUUCGAUUUCGUCCAAACGUGGCCGCUAUCCAGGAUGCAGCCCGCCAGCAUCCAUCCGAAGACGUUCAAUCCGAAUGGGAGCACUCCCAGCGUGAAGGACAGGCUCAUCGCCCCUCCUUGCCUUACGCUCACGAAUCCGCCGACAUCGCCGACACGCCCCCGCACGAUCGCACCCAAACGGAGCAAGUCGAUUUCGGCAACCGCGAAAAGCCAGUCUCGCCUCCCGCCCCAGACACCGGCCGUGAAACCAAGGCCGUAGACACGCUCAACCUCGAGUGCACGCGCAACCGGCUUCGCAACGCCAGCCAGCGGUUCAAGGAACGCGCCUCCCGACUCGGCGAGCGUCUGGGCCGCCCGACGACCGGCGGCGACGACCUCCACCCGGGCGUGUACCACGGGGACUGGGCAUCUGGUGGGGAAGUGCCGCUGUCGGACGUAACGGACAACAAGCACAAGAGCGAGGAGGAGAAGCGGGCGCACCAGGCGGAGAGCAGCUCAGAGGCACACCGGCUAGUGCGCGAUCUGACGCAGGACCAUUCAAGCAAGCGGCGCAAGACGCGCGGGAGACCCUAUCCGCAUGGCGGCACAGAGUUCGCAGGCGAAGCGGACGAGUCAAGUCUCGAGUCUGGGCUGCGGUAUCGCUCCGGUGGCGGCGGCAUCUUGUCACAGUUAAUCAAGCUCAAUGGUGGGCCGGCUGGGCCCGUGGGUAUGUCGCGGACGCCAAGCCAGUCGUCAAUGGAGUCGACUUCCAGCGCCGCCAGUGGGAGCACGGAAUCAGAGGAGGGCAAAAGGGGGAAAAAGCAGAAGCCAAAGUGGUACAAGAAGCCGCAGAAUACCUCGACGUCGACAUUGAUCGGGGGUGCGGGCAGUUUGAGUGGUGCGAGCACACCCGUCUCGAGCGAAGUCCUGUCAGCAGCAUCGGAGCGACGAGGGAAACAAGCAGAGCGCAAAGUGCGACUCGAAGAUGAGAUUCGCGUGACGGUGCACAUUGCCGAGAUCAUCUGUCGCCAGCGGUAUAUCAUGCAGUUGUGCCGGGCGCUGAUGACGUUCGGCGCACCCACUCAUCGCCUCGAGGAAUAUAUGCAGAUGACGGCCAAAGUACUCGAGGUGGACAGCCAGUUCUUGUAUCUGCCGGGCUGCAUGAUCAUGUCGUUCGACGAUCCCUCUACGCGGACGACGGAGGUCAAGUUGGUUCGAGUGGCGCAGGGCGUCGAUCUGGCACGUCUCUCGGACACGCAUCUCAUCUAUAAGAACGUCAUUCACGAUGUGAUCGGGAUCGAAGAAGCCGUGCAGGAGCUAGACGAGGUUAUGAAGAAGAAACCGCGGUAUAACAAGCUGAUCGUCGUGCUGGUUUAUGGCCUGGCAACCGCCACCGUCGGCCCCUUCGCGUUCAAUGCCCGUCCUAUCGACAUGCCAAUCAUCUUCCUCAAUGGGCUGCUGGUUGGAUUGAUGCAACAUGUGGCGGCGCCGCGCUCAGUAUUGUAUUCAAAUGUUUUUGAAGUCACCUCGACGGUCGUGACCUCGUUUCUGGCCCGGGCCUUUGGCAGCAUCCCACGAAUCAUCGUCGACGGCAAACGACAGUAUCUCUUCUGCUUCUCCGCGAUUGCGCAGGCUUCAAUUGCCUUGAUACUGCCCGGCUUCCUCGUACUGUGUAGCAGCUUAGAGCUGCAGUCACACCAAAUUAUCGCCGGGUCCAUCCGGAUGGUCUAUGCGAUUAUCUUCUCGCUGUUCAUAGGCUACGGAAUUACCGUUGGCACUACGAUCUAUGGUCUCAUGGACAACGAAGCGGUGUCUGAUCUGCAAUGCCCGAAGACAGGCGCGUUUCCGAAUCCCUAUGUCGCCCGCUUCCCCUUUGUACUGAUCAUGACCGUUUGGUUAUUGAUCAUUAACCAGGGCAAGUGGAAGCAACUACCGCCGAUGACCAUCAUUGCGAUGUCGGGGUACGUGACGAACUACUUCAGCACGAAGCGACUCGGGUCAAAUUCUCAGGUUGCCAAUACCGUGGGCGCUUUCACGGUGGGGAUCAUGGGUAAUCUGUAUAGUCGGUUUUGGCAUGGCCACGCAGCGACGGCUAUCCUACCGGGCAUCUUCAUUUUGGUGCCGUCCGGGCUAGCGGCGACGGGGUCGUUGAUCUCGGGCGUACAGUCCGCCGAUGCGAUUCGACAGAAUGUGUCAUCGCAUGGGCAACCGAGCUCGGCACCAGGGGCGGGUUUGGCCUCCAGCAGUUCGGUGUUCAGCUUGGGCUUUGGCAUGAUCCAGGUGGCAAUUGGCAUCACGAUUGGCCUGUUUAUUGCGGCCCUCGUGGUGUAUCCCUACGGGAAACGCCGGAGUGGACUGUUCAGUUUCUAA